AAUUGCAUUUAAGCAGCAAUGAUUAAAUUGCGAUCCACAUCCUGUAAUCGGGUAGUGUUGUUAAUCGCGGCUGACAUUAUUAGAACAUAGUACAACAGUAGUGAAACCCUUGAAUCCACAACUACCAUCAUCAUCUAAUUGGAGUUCCCCACAAACAGCGGUGGUGGGGUCCAGUAAAUAAUAGAGUAGCAGCAAAUAUUUUGGGCGAGGCGGCGGUGGGGCAAAUGGAACCGCCGUCGCUGGUAUCAAAAGCAAGGACGGCCUUUCAUUCCGCUGCUGCGAAAGCGGAGAAAGUCCUUACGGAUAUUAAUACUAAAAAAUCCCAUCUCACAUCCACCGAUCAUCCAGAUUCUCAUGCUCACUCCGAUGAUUCUCCUAUUCCUCUUGGCACCUCUAAGAUUAACCGCCAAGUCAAGGACUUGAAGUGGCGACCAGCUCCGAUAAAGGCCAAACACGACUGGCAGGAGAGGUUUAAGAAGAUAACAACACGAAACAAGGGAGUCGACGAUAAUUCACCUGACGAUUCCGCCAUGGCAUUUGCCAUUUUUGAUCAGAAUUUGUACCUAGAGAAUCCUGGAGAUUUUUCUCAACCAAAGGUUUUAGAAAGUUGUUCCCUUACGGAGAAUCCGAAAGUGGUGAAUGUAGAUAUCAUUCCCCCGGUUGCCUAUAUAAAGCAAUUGGCUAUUGCUAUCGAGGCUGGGAAGAAUUAUAAGACAAUUAAGGAUCUUAUGGCAUGUUCCACAUCUUCGUCCCCUGUCAGAGAGAGGGCUAGUUUGAGCUUCUUGGCAAUGAAAUCAUUAGUGUUAAGGGAAAAAGAAGAGAAGUUUGCCUCUGAGUUUAGUGCUGAUACAAAAGCUUUGUCUCUGAUCAAUAUGUUGGUUGAUGCAGAAGGACAUCACGCGGAGACGGAGUCUGGUUCUGGACAUGAAACUGCUGCAAACUCAUCAUUACCCAAAGAAAUUCAUGGUGCUCCUCCUGAAAGCUUCAUUAUUAAGCUUGCUGAGGCAGUCGGAAGCUUGAAAACCCUGAAGAAAAUGGCUUUCUUUUGGCUGAGGGUUGUUGCCGAACUGAGAAGACUCUGGUCUGAAGGGCUAUAUAUUCCUGGUAUACCGGUUGACGAGAUUCCGGACUUAAAUUCCUGUCUUCUAUAUCAGCAGUUGCAGGUCAUUAACUGUUGUAUUUCAAGAAAAAGGCGUCAGUCUAUUGCCGCCGAGUCCUUAGAUUCUGUCUUAUUAAUGCAAGCCAGAAUAAAUGGUGAAGAGUCAACUACUCCCGCAGACGCACUUCCUCUAAACCCUGUUUUUUAUGCAAAGAUUAGCACUGGGGAACUUGUUCUUAGAUUGGGAGCAGAUAAACAGUGUGACAAUUUAAAAAUGCUGGAAACUGGUGAACCUAUGUAUACCCCUGUUACUCAGGAAGGACCUUUGCUCACCGAAGAUCUGAUUAAAGAAAACGAGGAGUUUGUGCUACGUACAGGCAGUGUCGGUGCUGGUUGUUCUCAACUCCUCUCUGACAUGCAGGCAUUUAAGGCAGCAAAUCCAGGUUGUAUUUUAGAAGAUUUCGUAAGAUGGCACUCCCCUCCUGAUUGGAUGGAACCAGAAAUUUGUAAUGAAGCUAAAGAGUCCCCGGCAGGCACUGAUUUACAUUCUACCAAGGGUCAACUAAGUGGGAGAAUGCAGAAAGAAGGUAAUUUGUGGCGUGAAUUGUGGGAAACUUCAAAACCUGUACCAGCUAUCAAACAAUCUCCACUCUACGAUGAGGAUUUAUCUGUGGAAGGUAUUUUGAAUGCAUUUGAGGGGAUCUCGCCUGCUGAGCUAUUUGAACAGUUGUUUGUUUCUCUUCUAGGUGUAGGUUUUAUAAAUGCUGAGCCUAGACUUGCCGCAAACUCAAGUAUCUCAAAGCUGUUCUCUGAGUGCAAAGACUACAUUAUAGCUGCUUGUCAAGGCAAAAUCUGGGUUGAGAAAAUUGAUGAUAUAUGCCAGGUCUAUGAAACUGUCGAGUUGAUGUUAUCUAAUCCGGAUGAAGUUCUAAAUAUGUCAAAAAAUGCUGAUGAGGGUUCAACAGGGGGUGAUCAAAAAAGUAAAUUCAAGCGGCUUAGCCUCAUCUUUGGUGGAAAGGAUAGACAGUCGAAAAAAACACCUAAAGACCAGAAGAAUUCACAGGAAACCCCUAAACAACAAUCUUUUGCAUCAAUAUUUUCAAAGAAGCCUCCUAAGCAUGGCAAUGCAUCAUCAGCCGAGAAACCGGUUUCUUCUGUUGAUAAUGAUUUGACAAAUGUCUAAACAUGCUUGAAAUCUCAUGCAACUGUAAAUCAUUUUUUUUUUUUGAUAUAUAAAGUUAGAGAGUUCUGAUAUUGAAAUGGUUUUUUUUCUCCA